CGUUUUAUAUCACGUGCGACAUUUCCGGGCCGGCCGCCACCGACGUCCCCGCGACAAUCGAGCGGUGUCCGCAUCUUUUCGACUGCUGCUCUCGCCGUCCCACGUGCGAUAAUGAAGCUCGACGGACCCGAGACACUUGUCAAGUCGUCGCGAGUCCCUAUCUCGGGGACAGACGGCGCUACGCAAGCUCCGCAUGGCCGUCCUUCAGCAAUAGAAAAUGACGAUCACUUCCCUCUCGAGUUCAACGCGGUGACCCGGCGGAUUUUACCAACCCAGCGACUUCGUGUCUUUUUUUCAUAGUGGGACACUCUGACGUGCUGCUUUCAGUGAGAUGCGUCGAAGGCGAUGCCGCGUUUGUGACCUGGUUCUUGUUCGCACCGGCGAUGGCAGUGAUGUUGAUGAUGAUCAUGGCGGUGAUGAUGUGCGCGGUGUCCAGCAGAGAAGUGUGGUGCAUAGUUUCGCGUAAAUACUGAUGCGACUGGUGUCAUGGCGGCCGUUGGCAUAUGGUCCCAAGCCGGAACCGGCGGUCAAGAAACGCAGCUACCACCGGAAAUACUGCACGACUAUAACUGGCAGUCCCUGCCCAAGCUGAGCAGCGAGGAUGCAACGGGCGGCUGCGAAGCGGGGCUGUCGGGCGGCGGCGGUGGGCUCGUGUCGCCCCCAGGUGGCGGCAACUUCGAGCCCAUCCCGCACGAGCACGACCUCUGCGAGCGGGUGGUGAUCAACGUGAGCGGGCUGCGGUUCGAGACGCAGCUGCGCACCCUGCACCAGUUCCCGGACACCCUGCUGGGGGACCCGGGACGCAGGCUGCGCUACUUCGACCCGCUGCGCAACGAGUACUUCUUCGACCGCAACAGGCCCAGCUUCGACGCCAUCCUUUACUACUACCAGAGCGGCGGCCGGCUGCGGCGACCAGUGAACGUUCCGCUGGACGUGUUCGCCGAGGAGAUCAAGUUCUACGAGUUGGGCGAGGGCACCUUCAACAAGUUCCGCGAGGACGAGGGCUUCAUCAAGGAGGAGGAGCGUCCGCUCCCCGGCCGCGACCUGCAGCGGCGCGUGUGGCUGCUCUUCGAGUACCCGGAGAGCUCGCAGGCCGCGCGCGUGGUGGCCAUCGUGUCCGUGGUGGUCAUCCUGCUGUCCAUCGUCAUCUUCUGCCUGGAGACGCUGCCCGAGUUCAAGCACUACCGUAUGUUCCCCGCCGGCAACAACAUGACGCGCGUGGUCGAGGACGAAGUGCCCAAGCUGACCGAGCCGUUCUUCCUGAUCGAGACGUGCUGCAUCGUGUGGUUCACCUUCGAACUGUUCGUGCGUUUCUGCGCCUGCCCCUGCAAGCUGGCGUUCUUCAAGGACGUGAUGAACAGCAUCGACCUCGUCGCCAUCAUCCCGUACUUCAUCACGCUGGGCACCGUGAUCGCGCGAGAGCGCGAAGGGCCCGGGUUCCUGCCGCCGGACAAGAGCUCGAACCAGGCCAUGAGCCUGGCCAUACUGAGGGUCAUCCGGCUGGUGCGCGUCUUCCGCAUCUUCAAGCUGUCGCGCCACUCCAAGGGCCUGCAGAUCCUGGGCCGCACGCUGCGCGCCUCCAUGCGCGAGCUGGGCCUGCUCAUAUUCUUCCUCUUCAUCGGAGUCAUCCUCUUCUCGUCGGCCGUCUACUACGCAGAGGCCGACUCAGACCGAUCCUACUUCAAGAGCAUCCCAGACGCGUUCUGGUGGGCCGUGGUGACAAUGACCACGGUCGGCUACGGCGACAUGCGCCCCGUCGGCGUCUGGGGCAAGAUCGUGGGCUCGCUGUGCGCCAUCGCCGGUGUGCUGACCAUCGCGCUGCCCGUGCCGGUGAUCGUGUCCAACUUCAACUACUUCUACCACCGGGAGACCGAUCAGGAGGAGAUGCAGUCGCAGAGCUUCAAUCACGUCACCAGCUGCCCCUACCUGCCCGGCACCGUGGUCGCGGCCAAGCUGAAAGGGGACACGGACUCACCGGACGACUCGGACGUCCUGGAGCUCGACGACGCCACCUCGCUAGCGCUAUUCUCGUCCUCCUCGCCUGCCGCGACCGCCAACACUCAGCAGCAGGCGAACAGCACCAACAACCCGGCAGCGGCCUCGCUAGAGACGGACGUCUGACGGCAGCGGCCGAGCGUCGUCCCAGGGGUCCGGGCGUCCUGUCCACGGCGAGCCGUCUCGACGACUAGGACUCGUGCGAGCGGAUCCACCGCUAGAUGGAGCCUGCGAGCCGGCAGGAGUGCUCAGCCUGGCUGUGACAGCGAGCCCGAGGUGACGUUCGCAUCGUCAACAGGCGGUGCUCGGAUCCGUGGCAUGAGCCACGCACACCAGCCACGCCACCUGUCGUGCCACUGCCCCGCGAACGGCAGCGCCCUGGCUACCGCUCGCAACGCCACCGCACGGCGAUUGCAGCGGCGCUGCUCCAAAACAGCUCAGGCCGAGAGGACAUGUUCACUAGUUGUUCGUCGCCGUCGCCAUUUCUUCAUUUCUCGGCGAAGCGACGGUGGUGGCGCCGCCAGGCGUUUGCAUCCGUGCAAGAGGGGGGCGGCAGUCAAAAUAUGGAGGAGAAGCUCGUGGGCACCCGUCGGCAUUUCUUAGCCCGCAGAGUACCCCGACUGGUGACGUCAUAGUCGUUCUUGUCAGUCAUUCAUGGCAUCAUUUACUGAUGCGCCGCCAAACCUCCCACACUUCAAAUCUUUAGCAAUGUCUCAAUGCGUCACAGUCAAUCGCCAUUACUUUCCCCCCGAUGCUAGUCUUUUUCUUUCAAUUUAGUUUACUUCGACAAGCCCACAGUCUACCUCCAAGCCACCAUCUUCAUCACACUGACGAAUGACGCAUUAUUACGCUCAAACGUUUCGUCGCCUAAUUGUGUCGAAACGUACAGCUCUGCUGGCUAAAGAAAGACCGACGCGAGUUCUCCCGGAAGUGGACAGUAGCGUCCGCACGUUAAGGCGCUGCCCUCUUCCGGUUCCGGUGAACAUAAUCGUUUCCCUCUUCCGGAGCCACCUCGAGGUGCCGCCGCCUUCGCCGAUGACGUCAUCGAAGUGCCGCUGGCGACCUCCGUUCCCGGCGUCUCCCGCCGCGCCGCCUCCGCCGCCGACAACGUUUGCCGUCCAGGCCUCCGGCGGGACCCGAGCAAGGCGCCAGCGAGGCCUUCGCGACGACCAUCACCACCAACCACGGUGGCGAGACUCGCGUUUUCCUUGGCGGCACGGGACGAGAAAUUCCGUUUGCAGUCGCACGCAGCGCAGUUCGGUGCAACGCGGCGCAUGCGCCCUUGUGCGAGACCGAGCAAGGUACCUCGGUAAACGAGCCGACUGCUCGAAACAGGCGGACGGGGCUUUCCAUCGCUUAAGACAGCGCGAUUGCAGGGCGCGACAGAGAGAUCGCGUAAUUAGUUGCACGCAACUUUGAAUACAAACCGAUGCAAAUGCAAGCACACGGAGGCGCAACAGCGCGCCAAUUCCGACAGUUUAUUAGUGUAGCCGUGCGUGCCUUCGAAACACUCAACACACAAACGUCGGUGCGAGCAGACGUGUCAAAUUCGCAGCAAGCGCAGUGAGAAAUACUGCAUCUGCUCUCUCGAUGAAAUGUCGCUUCGGUUUACUGGACAUAUGAAGGCAAUUGCCGAUUAGCAGAUGGCUAUGAGACUCCGAUAUCGAGCAAGAAAUCGUGUUGCAUGCUGUCAAGGUCUUACAAAACCAAUGCCAGCGAGCAGGUCACUAAUAUGUGAACAGGACGAUCACGGCCUCAGCACUCCAAUCAAUCAUUGUGCUCGUGAGGCUAACGAAAGGACGUCGUGCGCUAAUAUUUCAAGGCCGCCCCCUGCGUUUCUUGCGGUAAGGUACAACAAUCAGCAUUCUUGGAAGAAGUGUGUGCUCCCUCUUUGUGUCCCCGUGUUAGCGAUCGCAAUGACGGUAGUGCAGUGACUGAACCCGUCCAAAUGUCAAGGUAGCAAAGGUAUGGUUACACGAAGAGAAUCGAAUUUUUAAACAUUACCGCGUCACAUAAGCCGUGAGGUUCAUAUUUAUUGCGGCCGAAUACGCAUCUAAUUCGGUUCCAGAAAGCCCAGAAAUUGUCGGCGACUUAGAAUCAAUAAGCACAAUGACGAUUGAAAGGCCACUGAAGAAACGACAGCCUGAUAAGCGUAGUCCGAGCCAAGUCAACACCAAGGCCUGUUCACGCCAAGGCACAAGGCCUGUUCACGUCCAUCUAUGACGUCAUCCUACCUGGCGCGACUGACAUAGAAUCUCAUGGGGAUGCUCCCGAGUAUUUCGACGUCACCGCUUUCGUCAUGCCAGGCUUGGUAAUAGGAAUUUCGGGCCAGGUAGCAUGACGCCAUGGGUCGGAGUGUUUAACAGGCCUUGUGCUACCCAGGCGGUGUUGGCCAAGUCCGCGAGUGAAGCUUCAGAGCAGCCGGGCGAGGACAAGGAGCGUGUUUGCAAUGGCACAGCGAAGGUCUCCGGCGCGAGGAGUGGAGCGACGUCUCGGCGCUGAGAGGUUCGGCGGGACAGUCGUGGCAGCGAGGGAUCCCGUGCCGCCAGGAAACGCGAGUCGCGCCGCCGUCUUCUCCACAACGAGGGCUGUGCCCACGCUAUGCCUCGUCACGCGCGCCCACCGAGUCCCCGGCAGCGAAGAAAUAGCGCCGCGCGAGCCUUCUGCGCAUGCGCGGACGCUCACGGUGUUUGUGCCCAGUGUUAUCUUCCUCCGGGACGACGCGGCGGGCGUGUGUGUGUGCGUGCGGCGACGACAACCGCAGACAAACAGAUGGACAAGAGAAAGACAGUGAUCUUCAAAUUCCACCUGUACAGUACUCUUCAAGUAUGCCACAUAUACAUAUAUUAUAUAAAUAUAUACACACGCAAUUAUACAUGAUAUCAAAACUAAGAAAAUAUGGCCCGUAGCGCCGAUACCUUUUCUUCGUUAUACAUUGCAGCCGACUGUUGAUCGUAAGUGGGUCUUACACGAGUGACCGGGGGCAGAUUAUCCAAUCUUCGCGUGUGCCCUCGUCUAAUCUAUCUUUGAAUACGCCAUUUCUAGCUACUUCCCACUUUUCUUCUGUGUAGUGGUUUUGCUCGAUUUGCUUUUUACCUGCCUCCUGGGGCACUGCUUUGUCCUAGGAACGCUAACUGGUGCCACCACUACUAUCUUUUCUCCCCGAGUGCUACUUCUCCGACUGAGAUAUGUAGAAGCCGACACUUCGCAGGUUGAUGAUGCGCAAUGCUACGAAAACAUGAUGGACCAACCAAAAAGCUUUGCCGUCUGUUCAGCCGCCCCGCUUCGGCGAGUUCGGACCACGUGUCCACGACGAACCCUCAGUUACGCCAACCUUGCUUAUAAGGUGGAAAUUCCAGGAUUCCAUCUUACCGUGACUCUUACCAGAUUCGGAUACGACGCAAUGUAGGGUAUCCGCUUUAUUCCCACAACACAGAGAUUCUGCUAUAUUUUCCUUGCCCAAAAUUCCGGGUCCCGAUAUAAGCAGAAUUCAAUGAAAACUAUGUUGCAAAUAGCUUAGCCUCGCAUAGUGUCGUCAGAGCUAUCACUCGGCAAAUUCUUCAGCGUUAGAAGCUAAAAUAUUGAGCUAAAAUAAAACCUUGACUUCGGGAACAAAAUAUUCAUAAGAGGGUCCCAAAGAGAAGAGACCGAAUCGACACCCGCUAAACAUACUUCAGUUUCAGUUUACUGAGCAUUCUUUUUCACACAAUCGUAUGCUAAAAUACAAAUUAUCCAAUAUUCAUAUACAAUGAUAGUGGUUACAAAACAAAAACACGAAAUAAAAUGAAACAGUGAAAAAAAACGCAAGGACAGCAAUUAAAAGCUACUGAAAUAGCAACUUGACGGGAUAUGUUGACAUUAACGGAAGCAAAUACCAACAAUCAGAGAGAAAUCAAAAUUUAAGCAUGACAAAAGAAGCUCAACAGUGCAAAUAUCCAAGCAAACUUUCCUCUCCGACAAAACCGGAAUUUAACCAAGAAAACGCAGAAAAGCAGUUAAUGAAAUUAUGGGGUUUUACGUGCCAAAAGCACCAUCUGAUUAUGAGGCACACCGUAGUGGGAUACGCCGGAAUAAUUUGGACCACCUGGGGUUCUUUUACGUGCACCUAAAUCAAAGUACACGAGUGUUUUCUCCGUUUCGCCUCCAUCGAAAUGUGGCCGCCGUGGCCGGGAUUUUAUCCCGCAAGCUCAUGCUUAGCAAUAUAAAAUUUACAACUCGUUACAUAAUCGACAACUGUGCAUCCUUCUUACAAACUGUUACACAACAUUGCCAGAAUAAAAUGGAGAAAAGUACCAUAGAUAGUAUAUCUGAGCUGACGAAGCGUAUCUGACUGAUUAAGCUUGCUCUAUAUUGCCCUUACAUAUUUUGAUAACAUCUAUUAGACCUAACGAAACAAAAUUAAGUCCAAUAGCACGCUGUUCUUGCCGGUAUUUACGCCAUUAAGCACUGCUUAGCUGUACAAUUUUGAACAUUUUACACCUUUACAAUGUUACAGUGUUUACAGUGCUACUGGAAAAAAAAUAAAAAGAGAUACAAGAAGAAAAGGCAGGGAGGAAUGGGCGUGGAAAUUGUCACUAGAACCGUAGGAGCCUAAAAACCUGGUUCAUAACCAGUAUCUUGGCUUACAGCCAAGCAUGAGAUUGCAGAUUACUUAACUUUCAUUUCACCUGUUCUUUUUCUGUUUCUUUUUUUUUUUAAUUCCGCUACAAGCACUCAUGUUCUUUGCGCCUCGCGAUAAAAAUAUAGAAGAAAAAACUGAAAAACAAACGUUUCCCUGAGCGCUUCCUGCGAGCUUCUCUGCUGUUUACAUCACCUGGAUCUGAACGGGCUAGGUAAGCGACUCAAAAGCCGUCGGCUGUCGCGCUCAAAGCAAGUGCUGGAUUCAAAGGUAGGGGCUAGUUGCCCGUACAUGCUGACAUUAACUGCGCUACUGAGCUACAAGAACGGACGACAAAAAAAAAGGGGGGGGGGGGGGGGGACAAACAUGGUUGCCGGAUAAGCGCAUGCUGACAAAUAUUGAUUUUUCACACUCAGUAGGUAUAUAAAUGCAUUGGUAUCGUCAUGUCGUAACAUGGCACGUGGUGCAACACGAAACAAAGAGAAAAAAGAAAAAAACGACAAGUUAUAUCAACUGCCACGUUAAGAAAGGAUCCAUUCGGCAAAUUCACCCACCUACGGUCGUUGCUAUAUUGCUAUAUUGGAAAAUGCUAAAUUGCUAUACAAAUGCUAAGAUUGUGACACCCGACGGAGGGGGAACGACUGUGCAGACGGCAGAAGCAGACGAAAUGCUAACUGCCGCAAAAUAAACUUCUGGAGCAGACCAGUUUGUUGCUCACUCUUGCAAAGUGUCGGCCAUAACCAGUCAGUUCUCUUUCAGAGGCGGUAUUUGCCCGCUUGCAGACACGCGUACACAAACACCACACCUAUGAUGUGUUGUUGACUGAAAUUUGUGAUGGUUGUGUGAUGUGUGAGCUGUUGGUUGGUUUCGCCCUGCUCCAGGUUGUUAUUUCCCGCGUAGAUCAACGCCAGUGCUAGGAACGAAGCAUACAUUUUCGAUUACAUUGAUACUCUACAUAAUAAGCCGUGCCCAGCCAGCACGUAGGAGAUCGCAACGCUUUGUAAGCAAAGGUGUGUUAGGAUCGCACUCUCGUCCACUGUAGACCGCUACUGAGCGUAUUUUUUUCUAUCUGUUCCCAAGGGUUGCACCCCCCCCCCCCUCCCCGAGAACACCAUUCGUAUUCUCGGAUGCUUCUGGCCUUCUUUUCUUCCUCUGGUCGUCCUUAUCUACAGGAGCCUUGCGGUACGUACAUACACAGCAAAGCGGUCGGAACUAAUGCGGCAAGUUAGCUGAUCGCGAUUUUUCGGCGGGCACAUAGUCCUUCCCUUCGACAAGCAAUGCCCACGACGCGGCCAAGGUUGUGCGAUUUCAUUUUCCUAUUUCGCAUUUUCUUCACUGACGCCGUUGACUCGUUUUUUAGCGCGUUUACUUCAAGUAGCGAACGAUCGCGGUUAUAUAUACCCAAAAAGAGAGCUUUGUUGUCUGCUCAAAGAUAUAAUCUUUCGUGCACCACGUGAUUGAUUGGAGUUAUAGACACCCAGAUUAUCACGAUGGCGAAGCGACGAAAUUCUUGCGCUGAUUCAUUAUUAAAAGGGAAAUAAUGCUGAGAACUUAGCUUCACAUGUCUGUUUACCUUGUCUCAAGAGAAUCGAGCAUGCAUAACUUAAUAGUCAUACUAUUUCAUUCAUCGGCGCGUGUAACCUCGUAAAUUGCCAUAAAUGCUAACGCGCGAUUAGUGUGGGAUCUUACGACUUAGUGAGUUUCUAAAGUGAAGCAGGUUGCUUCUCUCGUAAUUUUUUCCCACAACAAAGAGCAGCAGCGUACAGCAUGUAGAUCAGUCUGUGACAAUAAGCAUUUUCAAAGUCAUCCGCGGCGGCAAGCUGACGGCGGCCUCCUUCUGCGCCGUUUGUGAGGCAGCCCCGCUCUCCCGUAUUCGAACUCUUACGCGAGCUACUGAAUUCAGUGAGCAAGAUUCUCUUGACACACAAACAGGUAUUUUCAAAAUCGCCUACGCCUAGCCGAACCCUCGCAAUAUUAUGCGGAUAAACUGAACAACUUAUACGUACCUACGUAGGGUGGCCACUUUCAGAGACCACGAUGGUGUUAAGUCCCUUAUGCGACUUACGCCAGCGUUCAAGAAAGUGCUUAAGCUAGUGAUCGUAGUCACUGUAGCAUGCUCCUCCCGCCCAAUUUUCUAGCUCUCCAAUUCAUCUUCAAAACACUCACUCUACUCCUUGAUCAACUGCUCUCCAGAAGUAGCUCGGCGCAGUAGUUCUUUUGAAACUCCACGUAGCGUCGUACGACAGUAAUCUUUGACGAGAAGCUUCCAGGAACAACGUAUUAAAGUAAAAAAAAAAUACUCAUUGCUCUGCCCUGUACGAAGGUGCCUGUAUAAAAAAAAAGUGUAGUCAUGUUCUCUGUAGGAGUUCUACGAAGCAUGAUUAGGACAGCCCUCCAGCCUUUCGUUGCUGCUGGUAAGCUACGUCCGCACAAGAGGGCAUCCUCGCCACUGGCGUCCUCCGUUGUAGUAAACAGUCCAGUCGUAUUCUGUGUUCAUAAGCUUUUCUAGUCACCGGUAAAAGGAUUGUUUGUUUUUUACUCAAACGGGGCACAGGAUAAUAGAACAAAAAAUACUGAUACACGGCGAUAAUCGAUGCAGCGUUCAUCAGCCAAACACACGAUGCAGUUUCGUCCAGCAGACUAUGCGAUGCUUCUGUGCAGACGGCGGAUUGUAACGGGGGAAGUUCCACGUGUGGUGGUGUUGGACGCGCCAAAGAAUGGUUGUGCAAAUGAAGGAAAGGAUAACGAUAAGGUGAUUAACGGGUAGCAGACGAAGUGUUAGAGAAAGGCUGUAUCUAAAGCACUCCUGCUUCGUCUCUCUUUUUUUUUUUCAUUAGCGUAAGCAUGUUAUCGCGCUGUGCUGCAACUUUAAUUGUUGUGAAAUCGACGAAAACACAUUCUUCAUUAUAACAAUGCGUGCUAAAUACUUUAUUUUUCAAGCUUGGCACUGUGUUACAACUUGACGCUACGAAAUAACUUUAAUGACGAUUACCUAAAGUCGUAUGCUUGGUCUAGCGCAUAGGACACUAUUUUAUUAUUUGUUUUUAUUUUACACACUUCCUCACGACAAACAACUCCGAUUACUUUGCCUAGCACUGAUGAAAACGAACCACUAUUCCGUACUUGAAGGACUUAUUUGUUAAGUCCUUUACAUAUUUGCUAAAAUAAUGUGCAAUCUCAGUAAAAAAAAAUGUCGCAAGCUAAUACUCACACACCCUGAAAGCUCGGGCAUGAGUUACCAGUUAUUUCAUACAAAGAAAUACUUACCGGCUGUUUUUCUUUCAUAUCACUUAUUUACUCUUCGUUGAUAUUUUGCAGUCUUCACAGAACCGCACAGAUUACGCGCUGAUAAAGCUUCGUUCUCUGCUUAAGAACGAGAAGCUGGUUGUGACUAGGCAAUAGAGAAUAAGUUACCUUGUUAACGCCAAACAAACGCCAAGCCUCUUCGGGGCAAUUAGCCUUGAGUAAGCACUACGGCAAGUCUAUCGGUUGCACCCCCCUUUCCACCGUAUUUUUCUGCCUCGUUUUACGUCGCCCAUUUCUUGUUUUUGGUUGGGCCUGCUUUUUUAUGGCAGCUGCAAGGGCCGUAUUAACAUCGUGAGAAGUGCGUAGCUAAUGCAACGUCGUUGACAUCACCAAGCAAUGAACACCCCGCUUCCUUUAUUCUACGUAUGAAAGCUUAAUCCUCUCGACGUGCCAGUGCAUGACGCCGAAAACAAUAACGAGUCUCGCAAUAAUUUAUAGUGCAGUAAAAAGCAAGUGGUCGAAGUCUAGGAGAAGAACGUGUAGACUCCCCCGAGCAAUAUCUUCCCUUCGGCGCAGUGAGAGCUCCGCGUGUUCAUUGCCGAAAGAAUGCAAUCGACCACGUACCGUUUAAGAGCCAUGGUGCCCUGUGUACGUGCGUGACACCCACGAGCUAGGCGCCAGCGGCGUCCUCCGUAGAGCCACGAAAUGCCCACACACGAAAACGCGGUUGUGACUGACCCCCUUGCUCAGCAGUUUAAAGAAAAAAAAUCUGUUUGCCAUCAUUUCUGUUCGUUAGCUAGAGCUUCGGGUUGUGAUAGUCCCUAAAACGAGGUUGCGCAUUUGAUAAACAUGGUCUAGGCGAACGCAGCCGUCUUCAAGAUCCGCCUCAAUAAAGUCGUCUUGGUUUUCAGUGAUCAACUCAUUGUCAUGCGGCAAAAGCAGCUCUGGCGCAUUUUCACUCGGAUGUGCUUUGUUUUUGCCUGCGUUUGACCACGUUUGUGCAGCAGACACUGGCGAUGCUCGUUUAUGCUCCGACACCUUGGGCGCUCUCGUUCGGGUUGCGCUGACCACGCUGCUCGCUUCUUAAGUUUCCUACUACUGCGACACGCCGGCACUUGGCUUGGAUGCUGACACAUUUGACGCACUGCGGUACAGAGAUAGGAUGUGGUGCUACCUUGGCGCUGCGGUGACACGCGUUUUCUUGGUCCAUCCUGGUUUGUCGCAGUAGAAACGCGUCGUGUCGUGCUAGUUUUUGGCUGAACUAGAUCAAUUAUUACCAAGACGCGUGACCACGCACCCACGUGUGCCUCUUCCUUGCGUCUUUUACUUCUCACCCACACUUCAAGCUUGCGCUUUAUUUCGUUUAUUUGUGUGUGUGCGUGGUCACAUUGUCGUACGCCCGCUGCGCCAAAUUGCACCCAUUUCCGUGACCAAUACAACACCGUUCACACUUCCUCACUGUUACUGGUUGCUUUACUAAUCUGUCUUCUUGCUUGGUUUAUUUAAUGGAAAAAUAGCAGUUACCGAGUGGUAGUGGCCGACAUUGAGAAUACUGUGUCUGCCCAAACAAUUUAUACUGUUUACGUAAAUGACGCAAGUUCAUUGCCUACAAACUGGGUUGCACGCAGCACAAGACGCGCCCUUGAGGUGUUCCGAUUCGUGAGCUUUGUUGUAUAGUUGGGUUGUCCAGUUUGAACAAUCGUCUCCAGGAAAGUGACUUUGGUGAGCGAAAAAAAAACGGAGCAAGAUUCAGCGAGCGUACAUAGUGGUUUUUACUCUGCUGGAACACCGAAAAAAAAAAACAUUUGUAUAAAUAAGAAUGCAAGUUGUGCGCUGUUUUCAGGUUGUCCUUCUAAUUGUGUCACUUGUGAUCGCGAAACCUUCUGGCGAGCCUCUGUGGCCUGGCGGAGGCUCCGUAACGAAAAUGUUCAGCUGUUAAGUUUAGCUGUUUGAGGAGUUUUUCUUUGUCUGUUUACGGCGUACAAAGUGACUUCUGCUUGCUGCUACUAAAUGCGAGCGUAUUAAAGUACCUUCUUGUCUUGUA